AUGCUUUUCCAUGGCGAUGCCAUGACCUCCACAACGUCGAAUAUACAAUUCGGGGAUGCGGUAUCUAGCGUCCAGGCUAACAACAUCAACGGCGAUGUCCACAUUGGUAGACAUGAGAACACACUCGAUCGUCUCCCACGCGCCGAAGAUGCGCCCUUCAACUCGUUCGCCAAGCAGCACGAGCCCGCAUGUCUCGCUGACACGCGCGUCGACCUGCUACAAGAGAUACACAGCUGGGCGGACGGGCAGGACGAGCGAUGCAUCUUCUGGCUCAGCGGCCUAGCAGGCACAGGCAAGUCGACAGUCGCGCGAACGGUUGCAGAUAGCUACUCCGCGAACCAGCGUCUCGCAGCCAGCUUCUUCUUUUCGCGAGGCGGCGGUGACGUCAGUCACGCUGGCAUGUUUGUCACGAGUAUGGCGGUGCAGUUGGCGGACAACAUUCCAGCUUCUCGUUAUCAUAUACGCGAUGCUAUUGCAGAGCGCAGCGGUAUCGCCAGACAAUCCUUGCGCGACCAGUGGCACCACCUUAUCCUUCGUCCGCUGUCCAAGCUGCGCGAGGAUAGAUCAUACAUCCUAGUCGUUGAUGCCCUUGACGAGUGCGACAAUGACAACAAUAUCCAAAUCAUCAUACAGCUGCUGGCCGAGGUGCGGCCGUCAUUGACCGGCGUCCGACUACGCGUGUUCCUGACUAGCAGGCCAGAAGUACCAAUCCGGCACGGGUUUGGGUACAUGGCAGACUCAAAGCACAAGGACGUCGUCCUGCACAGCUUCUCGCCGUCGGUCGUUGACCAUGACAUUGGCAUUUUUCUUGAGCACUGGCUGAGUAUUAUCGCAAAAGACUGUCACUACGGAGAUGAUUGGCCAGGCGCAGAGACUAUCAAACAAUUGGUGCAGCGUGCAUGCGGUCUGUUUAUCUGGGCUGCAACUGCCUUUCGCUUUAUUCAAGAAGGCGGACAGUUUGCCAAAGACCGACUGCGCAUCGUUCUCAAAGACAACACUGUUACGGACAAUCCAUCAGAGGACAGCACAUCCAGUGAGGAUUCCGGCACAGGUGAUCAGUUCGAAAAUCUCCCUGAAAAUCAAUUGGACAGUAUGUAUCUUACAGUCCUCAAGCGCCCUAUUCGCAGAUAUACAAAUUACGAAAGGAAGAAGUGGUAUACGUUGAUGAAAGAGAUUUUAGGAGCAAUCGUGCUUCUAUAUUCGCCACUUUCUACAAUUUCGCUAGCCCAACUACUGCUUCUUUCUACAGCGGAAGUUGAUGGAACAUUGAGUGAACUGCACUCCAUCCUAGACGUUCCACAACAUCCGGCUAACCACGUCCGUCUUCACCAUCCGUCUUUCCGCGAUUUCCUUCUCAACAAAGACCGAUGGAGGGAUAAAAAUCUUUGGGUGGACGAAAGGCAGGCGCAUACAGCACUAACAGAAAAAUGCAUCCUACUUUUGUCGAGCUUGCUUAAGCAAGACCUCUGUGGGCAACUGGAGCACUGCAUUCCUCCUGAGAUGCAGUAUGCAUGCCUCUACUGGGCCGAUCACCUUGCAAAGAGUAGUAUCCUACUUCGUGACAACGACAAAGUGCACGAAUUCCUCAAAAAGCACUACCUCCACUGGCUUGAGGCACUGAGCUGGAUGGGCAAGAUCAACGACUGCCCUCAUCUUCACGCAUUUGUCCAUGACAUGAAGCGGUUUGCGUUGUACAACCGGUUACCGAUUGUGCUAGCUCCACUGCAGGUGUAUAGCAGUGCUCUUAUGUUUGCACCAGCGAACAGUAUAGUGAAGAGGCAAUUUGCGGAUCAGCUGACACAAUGGAUAAAGAGUCCGCCUCAGGUAGAUGAUAAUUGGAGUGCAUGUCUACAGACGCUUGAGGGUCAUAAGCGCGACAUCAAAUUAGUGGUCUUUUCGCACGAUUCGACACGGCUCGCAUCACUGUCGGACAUUGGGAUAGCUAAGAUCUGGGACGUCAAAAGCGGCGAGUCGUCAAAAUCACACGACCGGACGAUCACGAUCUGGGACGUUAGUAGCGGUGCGUGCCUGAAGACGCUCGAAAGUCAUGAUCAUCUUAAUGCCCCAAUGGCUUUUUCACAAAACUGUGCUUGGUUGGCAUCAGGGUCAUUCAAUGGCCAUAACAAUCGCGUUUCCUCAGUGUCCUUUUCGCAUGACUCCACGCGGCUAGUGUCAGCGUCAUACGAUAGAGCUAUAAAGGUCUGGGACACCAGUGACGGUCUAUGUGUACAGAGUUAUGAAGGCCAUAGAAAGUCAGUCACCCUAGUAGCUUUCUCACAUGACUCAACGCAGCUGGUAUCGGCGUCAUUGGACAAAACUAUCAAAAUCUGGGAUGUUAGCAGUAGCGCGGAUAUCGACAGUCUUGCGUGUCUACAAACACUCGAAGGCCAUCGCGGCUCUAUUCAACAACUAGUUGUUUCACACGACUUGGCGCGGCUAGCGUCAGCAUCAGAAGACAACACUAUCAAGAUUUGGAACAUUAGUAACGGUACAUGCCUGCAAACUCUUAAGAAACAGGUUUCCCCAGUCUAUGAGAUGGUCUUCUCUGACGACUUGACGCGGUUGGCAUCAUUGUCUAUCAACAAGACCGUCAACAUCUGGGACACCAAGAGCGGUACAUGCUUGCAGAUUCUCAGCACCUGUGACCAUUACCUUCCUAGCGACGUCUUUGGUUUGCCACAUUCUGAAGGAACAGCAACACCUCAACAAAUUGUUCAGUGCAUUAUCAACAUUUCUGAGGACCGCACUUGGAUAACCCGUCAUGAUGAAGAAUGGUUGUGGAUUCCAGUAGAAUAUCGACCGGGUCACUUUGCUAUUUCAGGUGGAUGUAUUACUCUAACAACGCCACAAGGAAAUAAGAUAUGGAGAUGUGAUUUUUUUCUAAUGUUUUCAAAUGUAGUAAUAGUUGCUAGCAAGACUAUCUAUCUCGUUUACCGCUCUCUAAUGAUGACGCUCCAGUGGCUACGAUCUUAA